AAUAUGAACCGGAGCUGUGGAGGGUUCACGCGCUUUAGCGGAACAGUGCGCGUGCACAUGUCGACCUAAAGGUCUGCGGAAGAAACACAAAACGGAAGGUAGACUGUUUGAUUGUUUUUGGUAUUUGUCUUGAUGUAGAUGUAAAUGUAGAUUCUUUCUCUCCUUUUCUCUCCCUUCUUUCUUGUUAUCCUUUUUUAGUUUCUGUGAACUUCUUUCUUUUCUUUUCCCCUAUCGGAAUAUAGAGCCCUCAUAUGAAAACAUCUGCAUGUGUUUUGUUUGGUUUUCGAGUGAUUUGAACACUCUUAAAGUUGAAAAGUAGUUUCAUUUUUUUUUUUUUUUUUUUUGCUUGUUGUAGAAGUGCCAGAAGAGGAACAGCUGGAGCAAAGCUGAAUUAUCGUCCGGUUUCAGACAUGAGCGGCUCAAAGAGCAAGAUGGAGGACGAGGCCGUGUUGGACAGAGGGGCGUCCUUUCUCAAACAUGUGUGUGAUGAGGAGGAAGUCGAAGGCCACCACACCAUCUACAUUGGCGUGCAUGUACCUAAGAGCUACAGACGACGGAGACGCCAUCGCCGGCGCACCAGCCACAAGGAGAGGAAGGAAAAGGUGACGGAGCACACAGAGGAGAUGAGCAGCAGCAUCCUCAACCCGAUCGAUAGCGCAUGGGGGAGCAGUUCUUUCCCAGUUUCUCCAGCAGCAGAACGUAUUCGCUUCAUCCUGGGUGAGGACGAUGAUGGUCCAGCACCUCCACAGCUUUUCACUGAGCUGGAUGAACUCCUCUCUGAGGAUGGCCAGGAGAUGGAAUGGAAAGAAACAGCCAGGUGGAUCAAGUUUGAAGAAAAGGUGGAAAAAGGUGGAGAGCGCUGGAGCAAGCCUCAUGUGGCGACGCUCUCCUUGCACAGUCUGUUUGAGCUCAGAACGUGUAUAGAGAAGGGCACCAUUAUGCUGGAUCUGGAAGCUUCCACUCUGCCUCAGGUUGUGGAGAUGAUUACAGACAAUCAGAUUGAUACCGGCCUUUUGAAGCCAGACCUGAAGGAUAAAGUCACCUAUACCUUGCUGAGGAAGCAUCGUCACCAAACCAAGAAAUCCAACCUACGCUCCCUGGCCGACAUUGGCAAGACGGUCUCCAGUGCAAGUAGGAUGUUUUCCAACACGGAUAAUGGUAGUCCCGCCACUGCACAUCGAAACCUGAAGUCAAGCAGCAUGAAUGAUAUAUCUGAUAAACCAGAAAAGGAUCAGCUGAAGAACAAGUUUAUGAAGAAGUUGCCCAGGGAUGCCGAAGCCUCCAAUGUGCUAGUCGGGGAAGUGGACUUCCUGGAUGCACCCUUUGUGGCCUUUGUGAGGCUGCAGCAGGCUGUCAUGCUGGGAGCACUAACAGAAGUGCCAGUUCCAACCAGGUUCCUUUUUAUUCUUCUCGGCCCCAAAGGCAAAGCCAAGUCAUAUCAUGAAAUUGGUAGAGCCAUUGCCACCCUUAUGUCUGAUGAGGUUUUCCAUGAUAUUGCGUACAAAGCCAAGGACAGACAAGAUCUGCUUGCUGGCAUCGACGAGUUCUUGGAUGAGGUCAUUGUCCUCCCUCCUGGCGAAUGGGACCCUGCCAUCAGGAUAGAACCUCCAAAGUCCCUCCCAUCUUCAGACAAAAGGAAGAACAUGUACGCUGGAGGUGACAACGCACAGAUGAAUGGAGACACGCCUCAUGAUGGAGGCCACGGUGGUGGAGGACACGCCGUCGGUGAUGAGCUGAAAAAGACAGGGCGUUUUUGUGGAGGCCUUAUACUUGACAUUAAAAGGAAAGCCCCGUUCUUUGCCAGUGAUUUCUAUGAUGCACUACACAUCCAAUCGCUGUCUGCCAUCUUGUUCAUCUAUUUGGGAACAGUUACCAAUGCAAUCACUUUUGGUGGUCUGCUGGGAGAUGCCACGGACAACAUGCAGGGUGUGCUGGAAAGUUUUCUGGGCACAGCCGUGACUGGAGCUGUCUUCUGCCUCUUAGCUGGACAGCCCCUCACCAUCCUCAGCAGUACAGGGCCAGUACUUGUGUUUGAGAGACUCCUCUUCAACUUCAGCAGAGAUAACGAGUUUAAUUACCUGGAGUUCCGGUUGUGGAUUGGCCUGUGGUCAGCCUUCUUCCUCCUGCUGUUGGUGGCCACAGACGCCAGUUUCCUGGUGCAAUACUUCACGCGCUUCACAGAAGAGGGCUUUUCCUCACUCAUCAGCUUCAUCUUCAUCUAUGACUCCUUCAAGAAGAUGCUGAAGCUUGCCCACCACUACCCCAUCAACUCUGACUACAUAGUCGACCACGUCACGCAGUAUGACUGCAUGUGCAUGUCACCCACUAUAGUAAACAGCUCAAACGUGCUCACUGAUUCACCAGAGGAGACCUCUAUGUGGUUCUACAACUACACCGAUCUACCCUUAAAUACUACCUGGUCCUCUCUGACAAAGAAGGAAUGUCUGAAGUAUGGCGGAGAGUUGGUGGGACAGGCCUGUAACUAUGUGCCUGACAUCACCCUCAUGUCCUUCAUCCUGUUUUUUGGCACCUACACCUGCUCUAUGUGUCUGAAAAAGUUCAAGUUCAGUCCAUUUUUCCCCACCACGGUGAGGAAACUCAUCAGUGACUUCGCCAUCAUCUUGGCCAUCCUAAUUUUCUGCUGUGUUGAUGCUUUGGUAGGAGUCAACACACCAAAGCUAAUUGUGCCAACCGAAUUUAAGCCAACAAGCCCACAUCGUGGCUGGUUUGUGGCACCGUUUGGAGGCAACCCCUGGUGGGUUUACCUGGCAUCAGCCAUUCCUGCCCUGCUGGUCACCAUUCUGCUAUUCAUGGACCAGCAGAUCACAGCUGUCAUAGUCAACCGGAAGGAGCAUAAGCUGAAGAAAGGUGCAGGCUACCAUCUGGACCUGUUCUGGGUCGCUAUAUUGAUUGCACUGUGCUCCUUCAUGGGUCUGCCUUGGUACGUGGCUGCUACCGUCAUCUCCAUUGCCCACAUAGACAGUCUGAAGAUGGAGACAGAGACCUCAGCCCCAGGAGAGCAACCUAAAUUUCUGGGAGUCAGGGAGCAGAGGGUAACUGGUGUAUUUGUGUUCCUUCUCACUGGACUCUCUGUCUUCAUGUCUCCCAUUCUUAAGUUCAUCCCCAUGCCUGUCCUCUAUGGAGUCUUCCUCUAUAUGGGUGUGGCCUCGCUCAAUGGAGUGCAGUUCAUGGACCGCCUGAAGCUGCUUCUGAUGCCUGCCAAGCACCAGCCAGACCUGAUCUACUUGCGGCAUGUGCCACUGCGAAAAGUUCACCUCUUCACCUUUGUCCAGCUGCUGUGCCUGGCUCUGCUUUGGAUCCUCAAGUCCACCGUGGCUGCCAUCAUCUUCCCUGUCAUGAUCCUAGCUUUGGUGGCUGUGAGGAAGGCUAUGGACUAUAUCUUCUCUCAACAUGACCUCAGCUUCCUGGAUGAUGUUAUACCAGAAAAGGACAAAAAGAAGAAAGAAGAUGAGAAGAAAAAGAAGAAGACAAGAGAAAGCAUAGACAGUGACAUAGAGGAGUCUGAUUACCCAUUCAACGAGAAGGUUCCCAGCAUUAAAAUCCCCAUGGAUAUGAUGGAGCAGGAGCCUUUUUUAGGGGAUAAGUCCUCUGAGCGAGACAAGUCAUUCCUUGAUCGGUACACGUCGUGUUAAAAGAAGGCGGUACUAUGAGGACAGUCCGAUAUCGAGUCCAGAGAGAAUACCACUAAAUGUGCCUCAAAUUAGAAUAGACUACAGUUCAGACAAUGAAGACAGUGACUACUUCUGGAGGGGUCGAGGGUCUGAGGUGUAAUUAUAGCUCCUCCUUCUGUCGGCCUAUUUAGCCAAUAACAAACCUAAAAAAUUAUGAAUCUGCUUGGAUGGAAAGCCGUUUGAUCAAGGGAUCUUCUAAAGGCAUUUCCAUCUGUCUACCUGCCUGGAUACAUUCUACUCUAGAGUACAACAUCUGGACUCUCAUCUUCAUGGAUGCCAUUUUAAACCUUCAUUUUGUUUCACAUGAUAAAGCUCACUCGUUGUUGCUUACUUCUUAAGAACACUGGCUGACGUAAUAAUUCCUACUACUAUGCAAUUCAUAUGCAAAUCAUUCUCGUGUUGAUCAACUGAAAAUGCUGUACAGGGUUUAUGACCACGCACGGAGAGAAAACACUCCUCCAUUCUUGGCAGAUAAUUUCUUUCUUUUCUUUUGUAUAAGGAAUUACCAUUUUCCUGUAGCAGGAAAAUUAAUAUUUUGAUUUAUUUUUUACAUUUUUUUGUAGCUCUACCUCUGUAGACAGAAGGAAUUGUUUAAAAAAAAAAAUACAGAAAAAAAGAAUUGAGGUGUUGAUUUUUCCUGUUUACUCAGCAUGAGUUUUAAUGUUAAUAUCCUGCCUAUUGUACCUUCUGAACACAAUAUUGAACAGAAUAAUUGAAGUUACACUGUAUUAUUAUAAUGGUGAAGAAUAAUACCUACAUGAUGUUUUAACCUUUAAUCGUGUUGAUUUCUGCUUAGCUGUAUGACCUUCCAUUUAAUACAGUAUUAUGGUGUAUUUCUAUCCCUUUGAGAGUGAUUAAAAUCAUUUAAAAUACAGAUUUAUUCAAAGAGAUCUAAGCUAAUCAAUUAAUAACCAAAUAUCAGUCUGAAUUUCUUUCUUAUUUAUACAUUGCACUAUGGUUGUAUUACUCUGCAACCGCAAUUAACGUCUUCCUGCUUUUCAGUCUAAUGACUUUCUAAAGUGACUUAAAAAAGAAUCACAGUAAUGCAUGAAAAAGUCAUUUGUAACACUUUCUGUGAAGGUCAUAUUUAUAGUGAACUAUAAACACAUUCAUAUCAUGUUAUAAUGCAUUCAUAACGCAUUAUACAUAAUGUUAUAAUUACUUAUAAAAAAUAUAUUACACUUGAUAGUUUUUUGAAUGCAUUGUGCAUUAUGAAUUGUUAACAUGAUGCAUUAUAAGCAGAGAUGGCACAAAACCAUUUUUCCUACUCCGGUACCAAUACUAUCAGCUGAUAUCAUUGACUAUCCAAUUUUUUUUUUUUUUUUUUAAACUACUAAGCUUUAAAAUGAUUUUUAACUAAAGCUUUUUAAAAAAUAAAAAAUAAAAAAAACAGGAAAAAACACAUAUCUAAAAACAUAACUGCAGUUUUUUUUUAUUAUUCAGUUAAACUCUUUUACACAAUAAUCACUUACAUUGCAAAUAUAAUAACAAUCAGUCCUGUCAAAACAAAGCAUAUGUAAAUGUUUCCGGUUGCAAAAAUAUCUUUUCCAGUUUCAGUUAUCUCCAUUUGUUUUCCAUUGGCCCAUAGUGUAUAAUAAACCCUGCUUAUAAUGCAUUCUGUGAGUAAUAUAUUAAUGCAUUAUAGCCACUGCAAUAAACAAUAAUGCCAUUUCAUAAACAAUUAUAACAAUGUGUGUAUUGCUCAUGCAUGCAUUAUAACAUGUUAUAAAGGUAUUCAUAGGUCAUUAAACAUGUGGCCUUUACAGAAAGUGUUAACUUCACCAUCUGUGAAGCCCGUAUUCAUAAAGCUUUAUGACUGUGCAUAUAAUUAUUUGUAACUUGCUGAAAAGUCUUUGUAAGUGUUUUUUAAAAGCCAAACAUGCCCUGUCAUAUACCGUAUAAUAGAUACAUUUCGUAUUCUGACAAUGCCACAGCCAUCAGUGGCCAGGAGUCCAAGAGAUCACAGCAACAUUAGUCAAUCAUGGACAACUGUGAGCUCAUGUAUGUGGAAGAAUAUCGUUAGUGAUUUCCCCCAAGUUAGUGUUAUGCUGAGCAGUAGUUUGAAAAGAUGUGGUUGGCUGGCUUCAUGUGUCUCAGAGGAAGCACAUGUUAGUCUUCACCCUCCCUGGUGACUAGGAGUCAUGUGAUAGGGGAGAGCUUUCUGCUGGCUGGGAAAUGGCCAAGACUAAAUGAAGGGGGAAAAUUCCUUUAUUUAAUCCUUUCAUUUAUUAACAUGCAAUAAUGCCAUUGAUAAUGACCUUUGUACAUUGUAAUGAUUGAUUAGUGCAUCUUUACACUAAUGCACCACUAAGUACUUUAAGUAAAGCAAUAGGACAAAUAUAUUAUUGUAGGACCAAAUUUUCUAAAUCGACAUAUCUGUCACUAUAAAAGUCUGAAUAUUUGUAAAUUCUAUUCUUCAUACCCACGGUGUUAACACUGUGAGCACAAAUGUGUAUGGUACAUGUAUUAGCUUGAUCUUACCCCAGAACUCUAUUCAGGCUAUCAAGGAAAUGAUGAAAUGUAAAAAAAUGCAUUCAAAACACUAAAUUACAAAGAAUUAUAAUACACUCUCAUGAAUACAGGCUGCAAAGAAAGUGUAAUCAAGCCUCUUGUUUUCUAGUAACUGUCUGAAUUUUAUAUUGCUUUCUACAUUAUUCACACAUUGUGAUCUGUCUUGUAGAUGUGAAAUAUCAAUAAUGUGAUUGCCACUCAUUGUUAUGUCUGUGGCGAGAGAAAAAUCCCAGUGUUUGUAUGGUGUGUGUGUGUGUGUGUGUGUGUGUGUGUGUGUGUGUGUGUGUGUGUGCAUGUGUGUGUUUGAUCCUUCAGCCUUGUUCCUCUACAUUCUGUGUAGUUUUUUUUUGUUUUUGUUUUUAAAUCUUUUUCACAAAACAAAAAACAAAACAAAAAAAAAUCUACAAUUCUGUGUAAAUUAUGUCAUACUGAAUCACCAAGUUUUAACAAUGUACUGUAUAUCAAUGCAUUUUUAACUUAUAUUUUUGGGGGCUUGUGUAAUGGAAGAGUGUUGGGUAAAUUCCAGAUCUUUUAAACAAAUCUUAUAUGAAUAGUGGCAUGUUUUACAACUACAGUAACAUUUUAAUUUUUGAUAACAUUUUAGUGCGCACAGCUAAAGUGAUUAUUUUAGAAUGUCUAUUUUUAAAAAGAAAUGAAUAUUAAAAAUAAACUGAAUUUAAUAAAUAAUACUGGCAUUAUUAUUAUUAUUUUUUUUUUGCCUCUCUGUAUUUUACCAUGUUUUAUAUGUUCACAUUUUACAACAAUGUUAUAAAUACUUAUUAAAAACUGCAGCUUUUUUAUUCAGUUAAACGCUUACACAAAAAUCAUUACAUUGCAAAUAUAAUAAAUAUAAAAUAAAUGUCACUUGGGCAUGUUUUACAGCAAUAAAUUAAGGAUAAUAUUUACUUUGAUGCUUUAUCAGAUUUACAAAUCUCUGUUACCAAAUAAUUAGAAGUUAAAAAAAAUAAAUAAAUAAAUAAAUAAAAAGAUGGAUUAAUCUGGGCAUAACAGAAAGCAUUAUAGAUUAUUUCUCAUGCUUGAAUAGUCGCUCUUUAUUUUAAUCAGUAAAAGACAGUAAAAGGAUUAAACUGACCACAUGAAUUCAGUUCAGCAUAAACCACAGGAUUUGAAGCCAACAUAACUGCUGAUUAACAAAACUCUUAAUUAAUACAUUAGAAUGUAUUCAAUUAUAAUGUAUAUUAUAUGUUAUUUAUUUGAAUCUGCAGACAACAUAAGACUUAAUGUAUGUGUCCUUCUGUCUGUAUGUCAUUAAAGAAACCAACAUAUUGUGUGGUAAGAGACACUUUUCAGACAAAAACCAUAAUGAUAUAAAGUCUCCAGAAGAACUGUGGCUGGUUCUGCAAGGUGCGCAAUAAAACUUACAGCUCAUUUCCUUAUAAAACUGCACUAAUUCUAUGUGAGACUACCUUU